CCGCCCGGGCGGCGCCGCGGGCUCCGGUUGAUGCUGCGGGCCUGCCGCCGCCAUCCCGCUGCUCCUCGGCCGCCCCUCGCCAUGCUGGGAGAGAGCCCGGCCGCCGCCCGGCCGCUGCUGCGGGCGGGACCCCCGCUGGCGCUCUGCUACACCUCGGCCCUCCUGGUGCUCGCCCUCUCCGCGCUGCCCGCUGGCCGCGCCUCCCAUCCCCUGCCCGGCUCCGAGUGCCAGGGCGGCGGCAAGGGGAAAGGCAUCAACUGCUCAGAGUUAAAUGUAAGGGAAUCUGACGUAAGAGUGUGUGAUGAGUCAUCGUGUAAAUAUGGAGGAGUGUGCAAGGAAGAGGGAGAUGGCUUGAAAUGUGCGUGUCAGUUCCAGUGUCACACGAACUAUAUUCCAGUUUGUGGAUCAAAUGGAGACACUUACCAAAAUGAAUGCUUCCUCAGGAGAGCUGCUUGCAAGCACCAGAAAGAGAUAACAGUGGUAUCAAGAGGACCUUGUUAUUCUGAUAAUGGCUCUGGGUCAGGAGAAGGAGAGUAUGAAGGAUCUGGCACAGAAGUUCAGAGAAAACACUCAAAAUGUGGAGUUUGCAAAUACAGGGCUGAGUGUGAUGAAGAUGCAGAGAAUGUCGGGUGUGUAUGUAACAUAGACUGCAGUGGAUACAGUUUUAAUCCCGUAUGUGCUUCUGAUGGAAGUUCCUAUAACAAUCCGUGCUUUGUCAGAGAGGCAUCAUGUCUGAGGCAAGAGCAGAUUGACAUCAGGCACCUUGGCCACUGCUCAGAUGACACAAAUGCAGUUGGAAAGAAAGAUGAUGGCAUGCAGUAUCGGCCAGAAGUGAAAGAUGCCAGUGAUCAAAGAGAAGACAUUUACAUUGGAAACCACAUACCUUGUUCAGAAAGCUUCAAUGGUUACUGUAUACAUGGGAAAUGUGAGUUCAUUUAUUCCACUCAGAAGGCUUCCUGCCGGUGUGAAUCAGGAUAUACUGGACAGCACUGUGAAAAGACAGACUUUAGUAUUCUUUAUGUUGUCCCAAGUAGACAAAAGCUUACGCAUGUCCUUAUUGCAGCAAUAAUUGGAGCUGUACAGAUUGCCAUUAUAGUUGCAAUUGUCAUGUGCAUAACCAGAAAAUGCCCCAAAAAUAAUAGAGGACGUCGGCAGAAGCAAAACCUAGGCCAUUUUACUUCAGAUACAUCAUCCAGAAUGGUUUAACUUAGUGCUUUUUAUACCUACAUUGACCAUGUGAUGUACAUUUUUAUUAUAUCUUUUUUUAAAGAAUGGAAAUAUUUAUUUCAGAGGCCUUAUUUUUGAACAUUUUUAGUGUCACAAUGUUGGUCUGUAUUCUGAAAGCAUCAGCUCUAACAGCUAUGGACUGCUUUAGUAUCUUUACUUUUAUGUUUUUGAAUACAGUAGUUCAUUUUCUGUAUCUGUAUCACAUGGUUAUAUAAUAGACUUGUGCUUUAUCCAUGGAAUGUAAUAUUUUUGGGAAUACAGAUUUAUUCCAACAAUGGUUGUAGACUUAAAAAAACCCCAACAAACCAACAAAAUAAGUCCACAUUACCUAAAAAACAAGGCAUGAACUAAAGGUAAAAAUGUUUACAGCUUACUUUUCUUAUGAGGAACUAGAAAACACUGUGUUUAAAUACCGUAGAUAUUUAAAUGUUUUUGGAAGUUAGUAACUGAUUUUUUAGACACUGCCUAUCGCAUGAACUGUGAAGCUGUGUGCUGUGUGUAGUUGUAACAUAUUUAUAAAAUGUGUGGGCUGGGUCUAAGCACUGCCAUCUUCAGUAAUAAUUCCAACAAUUUAUUUUUAAAGACGAAAAUUAUAAAUUUCAUAAUUUGGGAAGUUACCUGGUAGGACAGAUGGCACAGGUCCAAAAGAAGUAGGUCUUAAUAGAUUUAGGUAUUAUAAAAAUUGGUGUUGAAUAAUUGAACACAAAUAAUUGGAAUAAAGCCUACUUUAUCACUGUUAAACUGUUUUAAUACUUCUUAAACUUUUUUAAAGAAAAUACAUGUUUUAACACCUACAAUACAGAUUGUAUAGUGUUUGUGAUCAAAAUAAAAAAAAAUAAAAGUGAAUGAAUUACUAGUGCUCUUGUAUAGAGUAUUUUCAAGAGCUAAAGAAGUCCAUCCAAAUUAGUCUGCUGGUCAUCGUUAUAUUAAUAGACUGUUAGUUGUCGUUUGAAAGAUCCCAAGAUAAAGUGUGAAUAGGAUGUGUUCAGCUGUUUUAACAUGUAGUGUAGGCUUUCAGAAUUUUGCAUGUAGGAUUUAAUAAUUUGUUCAAUAAAAAAAAAAAUGCUUUCAACAUUUUGAACUGGAAAAGCAUGUCACAAUACAACGUUUUCACUA